GUUAAAGCCGUGACGGCAGACCAAUCAGGAGUGGGGGAGCGCCGCAAACCUCCGCAGUAAAAGAGAGAGACGGAGGAAGGGAGGGAGCGAGAGAGAGGGAGAGAGCGGGAGCGUCGCUCUUCGCACUCCAGUCCAGACGGCCGACGGACGACGAGGAGCGUUCGCACGUCGGGCCGCCCGCGUGGAUGAGAGAGCGGCGGAGGAGGAGAAGCCCGCCGCCGACCGACCCCCUCGCCGUCGCCCGUCAGAACGAGCGACGUUGUCAGCGGAGCAUCCCUCGACGUCGACGGCCGGCUCAAGAUGCAGGAUUGAAAAAUGCCACUCUCUCCCAACUCCCCGGGGACGACGAUAAAUUGCGCUCUCGCAAAUGUCUCGGAGGUCGCACGCCACGCCGAUCGGACGCGCCGCUAAUCCGCUGCGCUCACGCCAUCUGCCGUCGGCGAGGGUUCAGGCAUGCGGAGGAGCCGCUUCGGAUACGCCGGCGCGACGUCCCUGCGAUCCCGCGUGCGGAUAGAAGAGGCGGACGGCGAAGGCCCGCUCCGUGAGUGCCCUCGGGGCAGGGCCGUCAUCAUGGGCCGCGGCGAGCGGCCGGACGCGCCGACCUCCUAAGCGCCGAUCGCGGACACGCCGCAGACUGACCGGCGCGCUCUCGCAAUACGAGGCGCAAGGGGUCGCUUUGCUUGAUUGGACGUCUCUCCUGGAACGGUGACAAAACCACGAGCCGCUCCUGAGCGCAGAAGCCCGCGAGCAGCCGGUCCCCUGGAAGUCUCUCAAAGGACCCGAGCGAAAGCCGUCAGGCCUCCGGACGGACGGGCGCGCGCCCGCCCGCUAAGGAAAAGACCGACGAUGUCCGGACGCGACGCUCACUGGCCAGAUUCCACCAGCCCACGACUCGAAUAGUGCCGCAGGCAAGGGCCACCGCGGAAUGCGCAUCGGCGGCAUGGGCAACGUGACGGUGAGCGACGACGAGGAGCCCCUGGGCCGCGCGGCCGGCCCGGCGCCCGCCGGCUACCCGCUGGGCUUGCGGGCGUCGUUGGCGGCCUUCCUCGCGCUGGAGAUCCUCCUGGGCCUGAGCUCCAACCUGACCGUGCUGGCCCUCUACUGCCUCAAGUCCAACCUGAUCAGCUCGGUCAGCAACAUGGUGACCGUCAACCUCCACGUGGCCGACGCGCUGGUGUGCCUCUGCUGCAUCCCCCUCACCGCCACGGCGGUGCUGCUCUCCCCGGGGGGCGAGGCGGCCCCGCUGCGCCGCUUGCACGAGGCCUGCGUGUCCUUCGCCGGCGUGGCCACGGCCGCCAACGUGCUGGCCAUCACGCUGGACCGCUACGACAUCUCGGUCAAGCCCGCCAAGCGCGUGCUGACGGCGCGGCGGGCCCUGGCGCUCAUGGCGGCCGUGUGGCUGCUGUCCUUUGUCAGCUUCCUGGUCCCCUUCGCCGAGGCGGGCUUCUUGGCGCGGGGCCGCGCCCGACUCAACCAGACCUUGGGGGAGCGCCGCGGCGACGGCGGCGACCGCGGCGACCGCUACGACGCGGAACCGGGCCUCUACUACCACCUGCUGGCUCAAAUUCCCAUUUUCUUCUUCACCGCCGCCGUCAUGCUGAUCACCUACUCCAAAAUCCUGCGGGCCCUCAACAUUCGCAUCGGCGCGCGCUUCCACGCCUCGCAGAAGAAGAAGGCGCGGCGGAAAAAGCGCCCGUCGGCCACGGCCAUGACGCCGCAGCGGGAGGCGUCCCAGAGUGGCGGCGGCGAUGGCGAUGGCGGCCGCAACCCCACCGCGCUGGGCAUGCGCGCCUCCGUGUCGGUCAUCAUCGCCUUGCGCCGGGCGGUCAAGCGCCACCGGGAGAGGCGGGAGCGGCAGAGGCGGGUCUUCAGGAUGUCCCUGCUGAUCGUCUCCACCUUCCUGCUGUGCUGGACGCCCAUCACCGUGCUCAACGCGCUCAUCCUCAGCCUGGGCCCCAGCGACCUGAUGCUCAAGUUGAGACUGGGCUUCCUGGUCAUGGCCUACGGCACCACCGUCUUCCACCCGCUGCUCUACGCCUUCGCCAGGCAGAAGUUCCAGAAAGUCCUGAGGAGCAAGAUGAAGAAGAGGGUGGUGUCCAUCAUCGAGGCCGAUCCCGCCCCCGACGACGCCGUUAUCCGCAACUCCUGGAUCCAGCCCGACAGGAACAAAAAGGUGACCUUCGAGGACAAGGACGCCCGGCGGAAACGUCCGCCUCCCGACGAGGCGCGGUGAAAAGGAGGCGCCCGGAGCCAAAGGCGCCACUUCGUGAGGGGAACCGUCCGUCCCAAGCCAGCGCUUUGGAAGUCGCGUGCGCAACGCCGCCCUUGAUGACUAGUAAUGGACGAGUAUUGUAGCUAUUGCGUGGCUUCUCGUCACCUUGUGUCCGUACGCCAUACGUGUGCAACUUAGCCGAGGAAGUAGGCGUCGCGCGGACGGCCGGUAGAUCGCUCGACAUAGAUUGGCCCUCUCCUCACCGAAA